CAACGUCUACUCUAUGCUGAUCGUAAAUCGGCGUACCUUUUCUUUCCGAAUCGCGAUCGGCAAUCGCUUUCUCUCGACACAGUUUUCUGUGCGUUACGUUCUUCGUGGUAAUCUCGGUGCAGGUGCUACCUCACGCACAUUUAAGUAAAUUGUCACGAGCCAAAUGCCAGGUAAGAUUCGUAAGCUCUCCGCGCGGAGCGCCGGUGUGUGAACGACCUGUCGAAAGUCUAAAUGCCGUAUUUACCUAUUUUAAUUGCUCAAUUCUCUAUGGUUCGGCAUUAUUUCAAUUUUGAUAUAUUUCUAAAGAGCUGUAACGUUAGCAGAAAACAACAAGUACUGGAAGAUUCAACCAACAGUUGAAAGAAACCACUUUAAGGCGGCCGCAUUACGUACUGAAAAGGCAAUGUUUACCAAAAAGAAAAAGAAACCACAAAUAUCAACUCCAACAAACUUUGAACAUCGUGUACAUACAGGAUUUGAUAAAAGAGAAGGAAAAUUCAUUGGACUACCGCUACAAUGGGCAUCUAUUGUUGGAAACAAUCAAAUUUUAAAGUCUACGAACAGACCUUUACCUCUUGUAGAUCCAAGUGAAAUUACACCAACUGAAAUUCUUGACUUAAAGACCAUUGUUCGAGGUCAUAAUGAUCCAAAAGGAAGGACACCUAUCAGUGAUAAAAGUACUGAAAAUGGAUUACCUAAAACCAGUACUGUAGCAAGGUCUAAUUCUCUUCGCUCUUCGAGUCCACCAAGGCUAAGAAGGGAUUAUAGGCACAACAGUAAUUUGCCACCAUCUGUGCCCGAAGGUCAAGAAAUUCCAUCCAAUGCUAACCAAGUACAAGGAUAUGCCAACUUUGGAAAGCAACACAAUUACUUAGAUAAGCUGAGACAGAAUCCCUCCAAUGUUGUAGGUGGAUUAAAUCCUCAUGCCCAAAAUAUGAUUCCAAACCUUCAGAAUCUCAAUCCAAAUAUGCAAUCAUCUCCGAAUUUAACGCAUCCUGGAUCAAACGCUCCUAAUUUAUCUUUAAAUUUCCAAAAUUUGAGUCCAAUUACUACCCUACAAUGUUCUACGCAAAGUCCAAGUACUCCUCAGCUCGCGGAUCCUGAAUUUCACAGAUUAAAUACUCAGGUGACCACAGUUUCUGGUCAAUACAAUGGAAACAUACAGGUUCCUAACAUCGAGCCGUCUUCGAGGGACCAACAGAUGACUCAAAAUACCCUUUUGCAUAAGCUACAACCUAAAAUAUCACCUGUAGGAUCCAUUGCUUCGCAACGUCCGUUGAGUCAAUUGAGUUCUCAUAACGUUAAUAAGUAUUCGCAAGCGUAUGGUACACCAGAUAAUUCGUCAAUUUUACAAUCACAUAUGAAGAAACCUAUCGAAACAUCUCAAUCGAUGCAUAAUUUAUCAAAGAUGAAUAUGCCAUCUUCCGGAAGUAGUUCAACUCCGGAUCAAAAUCAGAAUAUGAAAAGCGCUAUAUCUUCAGGAAAUUUAGCAGUUAGUUCAAGCUCGAAUACAUCUAACAAGCAAACAGCAGAACAAAGGCUCACUCAUGAACAAUUUCGAGCUGCUUUACAGAUGGUGGUAAGUAGAGGCGAUCCAAGAGAGAAUUUGGAAAAUUUUCUUAAAAUCGGCGAAGGCAGUACUGGAACGGUAUGCAUAGCGACAGAAAAGAAUACGAAUCGUCAAGUGGCAGUGAAAAAAAUGGAUCUAAGAAAACAGCAAAGACGAGAACUACUUUUCAACGAAGUAGUUAUUAUGAGAGAUUAUCAUCAUCCGAAUAUCGUCGAAAUGUACGACAGUUUCUUGGUAGACGAUGAACUAUGGGUUGUGAUGGAGUACCUCGAAGGUGGAGCACUCACAGAUAUCGUUACGCAUUCUCGCAUGGAUGAAAGUCAGAUAGCUACAGUGUGUUCACAGUGUUUAAAGCCACUUGCAUAUUUACAUUCUCAAGGGGUUAUUCAUAGGGACAUUAAAUCUGACUCUAUAUUACUUACUGCCGAUGGGAGGGUAAAGUUAUCCGAUUUUGGAUUUUGUGCUCAAGUAUCGCAAGAAUUGCCGAGGCGAAAGUCUCUAGUUGGAACACCAUAUUGGAUGAGUCCCGAAGUUAUUUCCAGGUUACCUUACGGACCCGAAGUAGAUAUUUGGUCGCUAGGUAUAAUGAUCAUUGAGAUGGUUGACGGAGAGCCACCAUUCUUUAACGAACCUCCUUUACAAGCUAUGCGACGUAUAAGAGAUAUGCCCCCGCCAAAAUUGAAAAAUUCUCACAAAGUCAGUCCACGACUUCAAGGUUUCCUUGAAAGAAUGCUUGUCCGUGAUCCAGCCCAAAGAGCGACGGCAACAGAAUUGUUACAACAUCCGUUUCUUAGGCAGGCUCAAAGUCCAAGUAUUUUAAUUCCAUUGAUGAGAGGUUCCCGGCAUACGAAUUGCUGACGAAUCGAUCUAAAGAAUUAACACGGACAUCGGUUACGAAAGUAAUCGGGUCUACGAUCGUUUUUAGUUUCUUGUUAGGUGUUAAACUUUAAAAAAGUAGAUAGAUUGUAGAAACGUUUAAGUGGCCUUUAGUCGUUAGACAAACUUACAUUCCACCGUGGCCUUAAGUUAGAAACGUUAGAUCGUGAACUUAUAAAAUGCCUGUAUUGCCUGUGAUAGGCAUUAUCGUUAUAGAAGAUAUUUUUUAUAUCGAGUUAUUUAACGAGAUAUUGUACACUCAAGUGCCUUCGUAAUUAGUAUCGUUUCUUGUUUUCUGUUACACUCUUAAGUUCAGUAUUUAAUUAAAUAUCGACUUCGCUGUUGUUUAUCUGCGAAGUCAUCCGUGAGAUGGAAAAAUUCAAAGAAAAUCUAUCGAAUAAAAAUAUCUUCGUAAACGCUGUUAUUACGUGUGUACUUAAGCUAACAAUCGAAUAGUCAUAUUUUAUUCAACAGCGUAUAACGCGAAUUUGAGCACCAAAAGAGAGAAGUAAUUGUGACGAAAUGGUUCAAAUUAUACAAGAGUUGAAUCUCUGCUCGAGUGCGUUUCAUUCAGUAUUCUUACUUAUUAUUAGUACCAUUAAUGAAGGAAAUAAUUGAAGAUUGAAGGUACGAUAAACAGAAAUUGUUGUUAAGAGCGUGAAACUCCGAAUGAAUUUCGCAGAAGUUGUUACAUUUUAACUGCAAUCAUUUACAGGCUUUCGAGUUUAAGCGUUUUACAUAAAAGUUAAUGAAAAUUUUCAGGCUAUAGUCAUUUUACUAUUAAAAUAUUUGUAAGAUUACUUAUCCAAUGCCAUUUAUCUUGAUCGAAUAAAAGAUCAAAGUACAAUGCGGACAAAAGUCAUCGAUCAGGCAAACCGAUUUAUAAUUGCGAUUGUAUAAGGUAUACAUAUAUAACGAUAGGAAUUUACAAAAUGUAGAUAUUAUUAUCGUUUUACGAAUAAGAAGUAUGUAUACAAAUUUUCGCAGUAUGACGCGAAUCACGUAGCUACAUAUACCUGCCAUUUGUAAACCUUUUAACCAGCAAGAAUCAUGAGAAAUAAUCAUCGUACUUCUAUUUAUGUGCAAAAUAAAGUAUUUUCAAAUGCUCUGGCAUAUAAUUAA